AUGGGCUUAGAACAAACGCACAAUGGGGACGUAGAUGGCAACACCGAUACCUCAAAACCCACGCACCCAACACUCAACACCAUCGAUUUUAACCUCCAAAUUGGCGUUGAAGAAAUUCUCACCGAUGUUGAUCCCGAUGUCUCUCUGGAGUUUUUGCAGAAGGCCGAGGCUCACUCUGGAAAGCCUCCUCCAACGCGCAUAUCGAGAGAGGUGCUCGUCAGCACGCACAAUAACUAUGUUGAGCAGCAACAAAAGUCUGGGCAGCAAACAGGGCCGCGAAUGGUAAAGAAGGUCGUGUUGGCACUGUCAUAUCCGCCGUCUGUCAAGUCUGUAGCGGAUCUCACACCGAUGCGCCUUGACGAGCUUUUGGUAGAGAAUCAUCACGAGGAAAAGUACCUCGUCCUCAGGACAAUCGUUCAGCCCUACCCAGGAGCCGGGACUAUUACUGUCGUCGAAGAUCAAUAUGGCAGCGUUGAUAAGAUGGCUCUUUACAAUCAGGGCAACUCUACAAUUUUGCAGUCUAUCCCGGAAGGCUCAAUGGUUCUCGUGAAAGAACCAUAUUAUCGUUUCAGCGGCGACAACGACUUCAUGCUUUGCGUUGACCACCCCUCAGAUAUUGUGCUUCUUCGACCAGGCCCAGACGAUGCGCUCAUCCCAGAGCUUUUCAGGGCGGUGCCAGAGUUCGAGACUGCCGCUGACUGGAAGGCCGCUGGGGAUCGAGCCUUUAUCUCCAAGAAUCUCCCUUUGGCAGUGGCGAAUUACACCAGAGCUCUAGAAUUGGCCUCAGAGAAAGACACCUCCUUCCAGAUUGAUGUUCUAUUGAAACGAGCGGGGAUCAAUCUUACCCUUAAUUGUUUUGACGGCGCACUAUCAGACGCUCUCUCCUCGAGAGGGGCAUCCUCAGACUUGAAGUCGCAUUUCAUUGCGGGCAAGGCGGCUUACCAACUCACGGAUUUCCAGACUAGCAAGCUACACUUCGACUCGGCUCUAGCACUCAAACCCGAGGCAGCCAACAUCCGGAAGGAAUACGAAAGAUGCGAAGCAAGACUCGAGGAAGAAAAAGGCAACUACGAUCUCGCAGAUAUGACAGCGAGUGUCACUUCCAAGAAUAUCCACAUCGACAGAGCAAGCUUUUUGGCACGCACCCAAGUCAGAGACUCACCACACCACGGGCGCGGCCUCUUCGCCACAGAAAACAUCAAGGCCGGGGAGAUGGUAUUCGCAGAGAGAGCAACAAGUGUUCCUAACGAAUUCAAUCCAGAACACAACGCAGCUGCAGCAUACGCCCAGCUCGUGGAGUUGUGCACAGAUAACCCAACAAUUCACAAGAAGGUUCUAGACCUCCACGGAGGGUCCUACAAGCGCACCGGCCAAGAAGGCACACUUGUCGACGGCAGACCAGUCAUCGAUGUCUUCCUUCUCGAGUCUAUCCGCCGCAAAAAUUGCUUCAGUGGCGCCCAGGUGUCGGCGCAGGCCGCGAAUUCAGAAUGGAACAUGUGGAAGCAGGGCAUGUCGCGCGGGCUCUGGGUGUAUUCGGCCUAUGCCAACCACGCGUGCCUUCCCAAUGCUAACAGGUCCUUCAUCGGGGACAUGCUCAUCGCCACGGCUACUGUCGAUAUUCCUGCCGGCACUGAGAUUACACAUAUUUACCUGCCUCCUAAGGCGGCGUACCUCCAUCGAAUGCCGCAAUUCCGCCGCAGCUGGGGUUUCGUCUGUAGCUGCGCCCUCUGUGCCGGUGAAUCCGGGUCCUCGACGGAGCAGCACCAGAAGAGGAAUACUGUUCUUGCAGAGAUCGAGGCUCUCAUCAGGAGAAAGCGUCCAACCAAGUUCUACCCUGACGCGAUGAUUCGACAGGUCGAGAAGUUAGCAAACAAGCUCUCUGGUCUUCAUGAGAAAGAGGUCUACGAUGACCUUUCAUUACCGCGCCUCAUGCUCGUCUGGCCGACGAUGUGGCUCGUGGAAGUAUGGCACACCAGGAAGCAAUGGAAGAAGGUCGUCAAGUGGAGUAGUGAGGUUUUCCGCAACUUUGGCUUCGUCGAGCCGGUGAGAGAGGGGAGGCUGUGGAUGUAUAAGGACACCCAGGCGGUGACGACGUUUGAGGUCAUAAGGGCCUUGAAAUGGUCGGCCGAGGCCUACACCGCACUGGGCGAAGGGGCAUUGGCGAGAGAUUGUUUGGAUGCUGCGAGGACUGGGUUGAAGACCAUGGUUGGGUUUGUCACAGAAGACACAUUUGCAGCGUUCAAGUAG